UCGCUCUCCUCCGCGGACCCCCUCCCCUUCCGCCUCGCGGCGCAGCCUCGCGCCCGGUCUGCUCGGUCCACCCCCGACCCGCGGGGCUCCCCCGCCCGCCAACGGCGGGUCCUCGCCUCCCGAUCCCCUCGCUCCCCGCGCUCUCCUCCGGGGGCCCAACCCCGGCCCCCGCGCUCUCCCAUCCUAAUUCCCCUUCCGGACGCUGCCGUCAUGUUGAAGCCUCAGCCGCCACAACAGACCUCCCAGUCCCAGCAGCCGCCCCCCGCGCAACAGGCCGUGGCCCGCCGGCCUCCCGGCGGCACCAGUCCUCCCAACGGCGGCCUCCUGGGGCCGCUGGCCACCGCCGCCGCUCCCGCAGGCCCUCCCGCGGCUGCCUCGCCCUGCCUGGGGCCCGCAGCCGCUGCUGGAAGCGGGCUCCGUCGCGGAGCCGAAGGCGUCUUGGCGCCGCCGCCGCCGCAUCAGGAGAGGCCGGGGGCGGCCGCCGUCGGCAGUGCCAGGGGACAGAGCACAGGAAAGGGACCCCCACAGUCACCUGUGUUCGAAGGUGUCUAUAACAAUUCCAGGAUGCUGCAUUUCUUGACAGCUGUUGUGGGUUCCACUUGUGAUGUGAAGGUUAAAAAUGGUACCACUUAUGAAGGCAUUUUCAAAACCUUGAGCUCAAAGUUUGAACUAGCAGUAGAUGCUGUGCACAGGAAAGCAUCUGAGCCGGCCGGUGGCCCUCGUCGGGAAGAUAUUGUGGAUACCAUGGUGUUUAAACCAAGUGAUGUGAUGCUUGUCCACUUCCGAAACGUUGACUUCAAUUAUGCUACUAAAGACAAGUUCACUGACUCUGCCAUUGCCAUGAACUCGAAGGUGAAUGGGGAGCACAAAGAGAAGGUGCUUCAGCGCUGGGAAGGUGGUGACAGCAACAGUGAUGACUACGACCUGGAGUCUGACAUGUCCAAUGGAUGGGAUCCCAAUGAAAUGUUCAAGUUCAAUGAGGAGAACUAUGGCGUGAAGACGACCUAUGAUAGUAGUCUCUCUUCUUACACGGUGCCCUUAGAAAAAGACAACUCUGAAGAGUUCCGCCAGCGGGAGCUGCGUGCAGCCCAGUUGGCUCGAGAGAUCGAGUCUAGCCCCCAGUACCGCCUGAGGAUUGCCAUGGAAAAUGACGACGGACGCACGGAGGAGGAGAAGCACAGCGCAGUGCAGCGGCAGGGCUCGGGGCGGGAGAGCCCUAGCCUGGUGGCAAGGGAGGGCAAGUAUAUCCCUCUGCCUCAACGUGUGCGAGAAGGUCCCCGAGGAGGAGUCCGAUGCAGCAGUUCUCGGGGUGGCCGGCCUGGCCUGAGCUCUUUGCCCCCUCGUGGUCCUCACCAUCUUGACAGUAGCAGCCCUGGCCCGGGUUCUGAGGCACGUGGUGUCAAUGGAGGCCCUUCCCGCAUGUCCCCCAAAGCACAGCGGCCCCUGAGAGGUGCCAAGACUCUGUCUUCGCCCAGCAGUAGGCCUUCUGGAGAAACUUCUGUUCCACCUCCUCCUGCAGUGGGCCGGAUGUACCCUCCACGCUCUCCCAAGUCCGCUGCACCUGCCCCCCUCUCUGCUUCCUGUCCUGAGCCUCCCAUGGGUUCGGCAGUGGCAGCCUCUUCAGCCUCCAUACCUGUGACAUCAUCAGUCACAGAUCCGGGAGUAGGCUCCAUUUCCCCAGCUUCUCCAAAGAUCUCACUGACUCCCACAGAUGUAAAAGAACUCCCUACUAAGGAACCUGGCAGAACUCUGGAGUCCCAGGAGCUGGCCCGGAUAGCUGGGAAAGUCCCUGGCCUUCAGAAUGAACAGAAAAGAUUUCAUCUGGAAGAACUGAGAAAGUUUGGGUCCCAGUUUAAGGAAGAAGCCAAAGGGAAGGAGAAGGAGGACGCACUAUUGACUUCAGAGCCCAUGGGGUCCCCAGUGUCCUCCAAGACAGAGUCCGUAUCAGAGAAGGAGGACAAAGCUCCCCUGGCACCAUCAGGAGCCACUGAGGGCCAAGAGCAGCCCCUGCCUCCUUGCCCAAGCCAAACUGGCAGCCCUCCAGUGGGCCUCAAGGGGGACGACAAAGACGAGGGUCCUGUUGCUGAACAAGUAAAGAAGUCGACGUUGAACCCCAAUGCAAAGGAGUUCAAUCCCACAAAGCCUCUGCUGUCUGUGAACAAAUCUACCAGUACCCCAACUUCUCCAGGGCCCCGGACUCAUUCAACUCCUUCCAUCCCGGUGCUGACAGCAGGCCAGAGCGGGCUCUACAGCCCCCAGUACAUCUCCUACAUACCUCAGAUCCACAUGGGACCAGCUGUGCAGGCACCUCAGAUGUAUCCAUACCCCGUAUCCAAUUCAGUGCCUGGGCAGCAGGGCAAGUACCGGGGAGCGAAAGGCUCCCUCCCCCCUCAGCGUACUGACCAGCACCAGCCUGCCUCGGCUCCUCCCAUGAUGCAGGCCGCAGCUGCUGCUGGCCCACCCCUGGUGGCCGCCACACCGUACUCCUCCUACAUCCCCUACAACCCGCAGCAGUUCCCAGGCCAGCCUGCCAUGAUGCAGCCGAUGGCCCACUACCCCUCACAGCCGGUGUUUGCCCCCAUGCUGCAGAGCAACCCACGCAUGCUGACGUCGGGUAGCCAUCCCCAGGCCAUUGUGUCGUCCUCUACUCCUCAGUAUCCAUCUGCAGAGCAGCCCACCCCUCAAGCCCUCUAUGCCACUGUUCACCAGUCCUAUCCACAUCAUGCCACGCCGCUCCACGCCCACCAGCCGCAGCCGGCCACCACGCCCACUGGGAGCCAGCCGCAGUCCCAGCAUGCGGCCCCCAGUCCCGUCCAGCACCAGGCGGGGCAGGCCCCACACCUGGGCAGUGGGCAGCCCCAGCAGAACCUGUAUCACCCAGGGGCCCUGACAGGCACGCCACCCUCUCUGCCGCCGGGACCUUCUGCCCAGUCCCCUCAGAGCAGCUUCCCCCAGCCAGCCGCUGUGUAUGCCAUCCAUCCCCACCAGCAGCUGCCCCACAGCUUCACCAACAUGGCCCACGUUACCCAGGCCCAUGUCCAAACUGGAAUCACGGCAGCCCCGCCCCCUCACCCUGGGGCUCCCCACCCGCCCCAGGUGAUGCUGCUGCACCCACCUCAGAGCCAUGGGGGGCCCCCCCAAGGCGCGGUGCCCCAGAGUGGGGUGCCUGCACUCUCAGCUUCCACACCCUCACCCUACCCCUACAUCGGACACCCCCAAGGUGAGCAGCCUGGCCAGGCGCCUGGAUUUCCAGGAGGAGCCGAUGACAGGAUUCUAUGUAGGGUGGGCAGAAGCCACAGUCGCCGCCGCCAGGGGCUUGCUCCUGGCUCUGUCCUUUGCUUCCCUCCGUCCUCGCUCAGUUGUGAUCCAGCAGCCCCCCUCCCCACUGCCUCCCCAGCUCUCAGUGACCCCGACUGUCUCCUGACUUAGCCGAGGUAAGGUCAGCGCAGCAGACAGGGCCAGGCUGGGGUGCGGGGGUUGUGCUGGGCACACGAGUGAGGGCUCUGGUGUACUGGGAAACGGCGAUUGACCUGUGCUUCUGACAGCCCCAUGAGACACCUCGAGGACCCGCUCCUUCCCACAUAGCCCGCAACCCCCGGACGCAUUGAUGAAGGGACAGCUGCUUGGGUUCUAAUGCUCCUGCUCUCUUCUCUUUCCCCUCCAACCAGUUCAAUCUCAUCCCUCCCAGCAGCUCCCCUUCCACCCCCCGGGGAACUGAAGAUUGUCCUGGCCGCGACCUGAGACCUCCGUGAGCGGAGGGAAGAGUGACCUAUGUCUCUUCCCCCGGCAGCUCGGACCAGUCCUGGCCCCACCCCGUCCCCGGGAGCUGGGGAAUUCCUGCCAAGCACCUUGAAUGGGGGCCUCGCAGUGGGCAGGGCCAGGGUCCAGCGGGGUGGGGGUUCCUGCUCUGCCCUGCCUGUUCCCACCCUGUCUUGCCCUCCCAGCCUCUCAUCUGUUCCCCCACUGGAGACGGAAGAUCUUUUAUUUUCUAUUAUUUAUAAUCUCAGACUUGGGCCCCCUGUUCUUUCUUCCCAUUAACUUGAGUGACCUUCGUGAGAGACAAGACAGAUGCCCCACAAGGAUGGUUGGACAAGGACUUUUACUUUUUAUUACAUAAAAAUAUUAAAAAAAUAAAAAAAUAAAAUUUUAAACUAACUUAA